AUCACUGUCGUACCCACUCUGCUCUUCCAUCUCUCUCUCUCUCUCUCUCUCUCUGCUAAUCCGCUCUUCUGCUACAUCUUCUGUUCUUCUCUCGCUUGUUGAUUUCUAGCUUGUUGCGUUUCCAUCUCCAAGAUGACGAGUGCUGAUACCGCCAGGACCAUUGUGGGAGUCAUCGGGAAUGUCAUCUCCUUCUGCCUGUUCGCCUCGCCAGCUCCAACAUUCUGGAGGAUUCUGAAGAAGAAGACGACGGAGGAGUUUCAGCCGUAUCCAUACAUUGCCACCAUCUUGAACUGUCUGUUUUGGAUCUUCUACGGUCUUCCGCUGGUUCACCCUCACAGCACCCUCGUCGUCACCAUCAACGCCAUCGGCCUCGCCAUUGAGAUCAUCUACACCACCAUCUUCUUCAUCUACACCAACAACAAAGGACGGAUGAAGGUGAUCUUCUGGGUGUGCGUGGAAAUUGCAUUCAUGGCGGGCAUCGUUGCCCUGACUCUGCUGAAAUUCCAUUCCCACACAGCCAGGUCUAACUUCGUGGGAAUUUUCUGUGUCGUCUUUGGAGUGAUGAUGUACACUUCGCCUCUCGCCAUCAUGAAAAAAGUCAUCACCACAAAGAGCGUGGAGUACAUGCCGUUUUAUCUGUCGCUGGCCAAUUUCCUUAAUGGUGUCAUCUGGGUCACCUAUGCCCUCAUCAAAUUCGACCUUUACAUCACGAUUGGGAACGGUUUGGGAGCGCUGUCUGGGGCGGUGCAGCUCAUACUGUAUGCCAUCUACUACAAGUCGACACCCAAGAAGGGCAGUGAUAAUGAGAAGCCAUCCGGCGUGCAGCUCUCUUCCGCUCCCCAGGCCUCGGCCGUCUGAUCAACCACUUGAUUGCAUCUUCAUUCCGAAGUCUAGCUCUUAGAUUUUUCCUUUUUUUUCAUUUUUCUUCGUUUUUAGGAGGGGAACAAUUUUGCUAUGGAGAUCUUUCUUAUUAGUUUUUAUUUUCACAAUUGGAGAGGUUUUAGUUUUAGAUUUGAAUUUGUAUAGAUUUGAAUAAGUAAACUAUGAACUUGAAUUUUUUUCAAAUCUAUACAAAAUCAAAUUUAGGAUCUAAAUUUCUCCAACACAUUUUUUUUUUUUAGUUUCAGGCCUUAGAUUUUGUUCAUAGAUGCUCUUUAGUUUUUUUUUUGGUAGGAAAAAUUCAACUUUUAGAACUUAAAAUCUCCGUAUGUAGGAGGUUUUGUGUUCUAAUUAUAGGAUGAGGAGAUAGGCUACCUCCUUUUGUGUAGCCUAAUAAACUUUUUUAAAAAAAAAUAAUAAAAUUGUUUCACUAAA